ACAGUCCACUAGUACGUUCAUAAGACAGCAAAUGUCAGACGACUAUACAUAAAAAUAUCAACUAAUAACAUAAUAACGUUGAUCGUAUAUUACAAAUAAUAUUCCAGACAACAAUAUAUGUUUUUUUUUACACCUAGUAUUUCUUUGUUGUUUUACUACGCAAAUGUACACAUGUGUAAAAAAUUCAUAUGACUGCUGUUUUUUUGCCAAACGUUUUGUUUUGGAAUCAUAAAUAUUCGUUUCCAUUUUUUGUGGCAAAGGACUCCUUUUGCAAACAGAAGUUGCUAUAGAACGCCAAUCGAGGCCCUUUUGCAUUUUUGCGAUAAUAUAUUUUCUUUGUAAGGUCUGUGAAUCUCAAUAAUAUUCUUCCAAAAAUGCUGUAUUCCCGAAUUGUGUCGAAAAAUUGAAAAAAAUAGUCUUUUUGUGCGUGUACAAAAAUAAUUUAUUCAUGUAAGUUUUUUUUCUAUUGAACCUUGGAACAUACAACGAAACAGAUGAAAGUGAUUCAUAGGCGAAUGAUAGAGCAAACGAAUGAUCACAUAAUUGUGUCAUCAUAAGGUCAUAAAUAGACCCAUGAAGCUGGAGAGUGACUCCGCAGUGAUCAUCGAAAUGCGCCUCUGAUGAUGAAUAUAUUGUGUGCUAUCAAUCUAUAUGAGGAACUGAAGUCAUCUUGACUAUGGGAAGUAUUUAUAGUAGAAUAAAUGUGCCACAGUUACACGGUAGUGUAACUCAAAUAAUAAGUGGUAGAAAGCGAAAACAUGAAGAAAUUGACUCAGAAUCUGGCGAUGAAAUGGAAUCAAGCAUUCAUAGACACCUCAACACACCAGUCAAAAAGAAAUUGAUGACUACACCACAGUAUAUUUACAAAACAUUCUUCGUUGAGGAACAAAAUUCUGAUAUAUCUGUAAUGGCUCGUUUAUCCAGUGCUAGUAAAGUUUGGAAUCUUCACAAAAUCUAUCUGUGUCAAAGCCCAUACUUUGCCAGUAUGUUCAGUGGAUCAUGGCGUGAACGUGAGCAAAACUUCAUUGCUAUUGAGAUUGUUGAUCCGAAAAUUACGCUCGAUUCUUUGAAUAUUGUAUUUGGCUCAUUAUAUUUGGACGAAGUAACACUGGACCCAAUGAAAGUAAUAUCUGUAUUGGCAGCAGCGGAAUUACUUCAGCUCGAUGGUCUAAUUGAAAAAUGUUGCGAGGUCAUGAACUCCACAAUCAACGCCGAGACGGCGAUUAAAUAUUAUGAAGCAGCCAACCAGUAUGCAGCAAUGGACGUGAAGAAAAAUGCAUUUCAAUGGCUACUGAUUAAUUUGUUAAGUUUCUAUUCAAAACACACGAAAUGGUUAAUGAUGCUUAAUGCGGAUUUGUUGACUGAACUCCUGGAUUCGCCAGACUUGGUGGUAAUGCAGACAGAAUUCGCAUUGUAUGCUCUGCUGAAGGUUUGGAUGUAUUUGGAAAUCCAUGAAACUGAUGACAAUGUCGAAUCAACAAACAGUACAAAUAAUAAUGCUAGUGAACUCAUCAGCCAGGCAUCAAACUACUUUUCUAAUUUGAAAUCAAAAGCCCCAUUCCUUCAUACACGAUCCGGACAAAGAUUUGUCAAACCUUUUCGCAAACUCCGUUUACAACACCUAAUUAAUCAUCCCGUCGAUAUCAAACUCAUUCUCGAAGAUAAUAUCAUUCCGAAAGAUUGGCUAUACUUACCGUUUAUGGUUCAAUGGAAUUCGCUCAUUAAAAUUGACAAUGGCCUUGAUUCUGGGCCUGUCGAUUGUGAUGAAACUACAUUUUAUCAAACAUGUUUACGAUGCGGACGGGUACUAGAUGACGAUGGAUACCAGAAGUGGCGUUGGACUGGAUUUAAUUUUGGCGUUGACUUGGUGCUUGUUUCGGAUACAAGGACAUUAAGCAUCAAGCGUCACCAUCGUAACGAUAAUGAGCGAUUAUUAAGUCUACAAUCCAAACGAAAUAUUUUAUUACGCGUUACCAUAUUUUCAUUGAAUGAACAGCGACAAGUGAGACACUUGCAAACGACUAACAUCAAAUCCAUUCAGUUAGAUCGAAAUGAAGAAACUCGCCUAAUUUAUUUAGACUCAGAACUCGUCUAUCCAGUGUUAAUAUCUUUAAAUCUUCUAGUCUCAACUCCAAAUAAAAUUGAGUUACCCCAAGAACAAAUCAGUUCACUACCAUCAACAUCCGGCCAAUCGGCACAAAUUGCGGAAAAUUCCAACAGUAAUGAAUCUGAAAUUUCCACCAUUGGCACUACAAAUGCAUCAAAAUUAAACAACAGCAGUUUAGAUGACGAUUCGUGAAUCGUAAUAAAUGUGUAUAUCUUUUAUAUUCUAAAUAUGAAAAUUGGAAAUUUCAUAUCAUGAAACGUAGAUUCAAUGAUUUUGUCUUUUAUUUUAGUUUCAUAAAGUAUUAAUAUUAUUCUACAAAACAAAUCAAAAAUUUACAAUCUUCAUUACGAUAUUAGAAUCGUUGAAAACCUAGAUUAAUUUCUGCGAGUCCGAAAAAAAAGUUUUUAUGUAACUCAGUUUUUAACUAUAUUUAAUGAGCAUUUUUAUAAGAACUGCUUUAAAUCGCAUUUUUGUGUGAAUAACACGUUAAUAUUUGUCCAAA